GCACAAGCACGUGGCCAGCGAGGGAGCCCCGCCCCCUCAGCGCUACUGCCUCGGCGGAGACGUCAGUCGGAAGUGACGUAUUUGUGCUGGGCUCAUGGUGUCGUCAUUUCCGGAGCUGCUUGGCCUUGUGGGAUUGUAAGAUGUCGGCGAUCAGCGUCAGGGCAGUUGCCGGGGCUCUUCUGCGCGCCCAGGGUCGCGGGGCCUGGAGGACCCUCAGUGCCUCCGCUGCCCCCCAGCAGACACUACGAAGCCAGACAGAGAAACAUGAAGGGCUGUUCAAGGUCACCAUGCUGCCUGGAGAUGGGGUUGGCCCGGAGCUCAUGCAUUCUGUCAAAGAGGUGUUCAAGGCUGCUGGUGUCCCUGUGGAGUUUGACGAGCACCACCUGAGCGAAGUGCAGAACAUGGCAUCAGAGGAAAAACUGGAUGAGGUUGUCGACUCUAUGAAGGAGAGUAAAGUGGCCAUUAUAGGAAAGAUCCACACUCCCAUGGAGUACAAAGGAGAACUGGCUUCCUAUGACAUGAGGCUCCGGCGCAAGUUAGACCUGUUCGCCAAUGUUGUCCAUGUAAACAGUUUACCUGGUUUUAAAACACGACACAACAACUUGGAUCUUGUGAUCAUCCGGGAGCAGACAGAGGGGGAGUACAGCUCUCUGGAACAUGAGAGCGUGAAGGGAGUCAUUGAGUGCCUGAAGAUCAUCACCCGGGACAAGUCGCAGCGCAUCGCCAAAUUCGCCUUCGACUACGCCACCAAGAAAGGGCGUUCAAAGGUCACAGCAGUGCACAAAGCCAACAUCAUGAAGCUGGGGGAUGGGCUCUUCCUCCAGUGCUGUGAAGAGGUGGCAGAAUUGUAUCCCAAGAUCAAAUUCGACACCAUGAUAAUUGACAAUUGCUGCAUGCAGCUGGUGCAGAACCCCCACCAGUUCGAUGUCCUGGUCAUGCCAAACCUGUAUGGAAACAUCAUUGAUAACCUGGCUGCUGGCUUGGUGGGAGGCGCCGGUGUGGUUCCCGGAGAGAGUUACAGUGCUGAGUAUGCAGUGUUUGAGAUGGGUGCCCGCCAUCCCUUUGCCCAGGCCGUGGGCAGGAACAUUGCCAAUCCCACUGCCAUGCUGCUUUCCGCCGCCAACAUGCUGCGGCAUCUCAACUUGGAAUAUCACUCCAAUGUGAUCUCCGAUGCGGUGAAGAGGGUGAUUAAAGUCGGUAAAGUUCGGACGCGGGACAUGGGCGGUUACUCCACCACCUCGGACUUCAUCAAGUCUGUGACUGACAACCUGCACCCACACUAUGGUGUCUAGGUCCCCACCUGAGUGUGGGAGUUCCUUGGACUUCACUUUGUUCUCCAGCACCCAUUUCUAGCGUACAAACCGAAUGGACCUUUCUCGCCCUGCUCCCACCCCUAGGGGAGAACCUGAAUCAUGUCACCCGCUCUUAGGCUGCCGAGCCAACCUGCCAGCCUGAAACAGCAACCCAAAGAGGGAAGGGACUUGCCUCUCCUCCAGCCUAGUUAUGUUACCAACCUCAAUCAUGGUCAGAUGGUCACCACAAAGAGAUGUGGUCUGAGUGCCUGGGGUCUGAUCCUGGCUGUCCUACUGGUUCAUUGUGCAGCCUGGGCCAAGCCAGUUCACCUCUCUCAGCUUCCCUCUCUGUGCAGUAGGGACAGUGCACGGGAGUUCAGGGUCAGCUAGUUCACAUUUGUACCAUGCUUUGCAGCUGAGAGAGGACAAACCCUAAAUAUUCCACUGCUGCUCCAGCUAAGGCCCCCCUGCAGUGUGGCUGACUGGGGUUGUUACGUCCAGGUGGUCUCGUCUUGUCCCUGAUGGCAGAUGCUCCUGCAGCACCAAACUCCAGAGGGGCCGUAGCUUGGGACCACCCAGGGUGGAGACCCCUGUCCACAAAGUGACAAAUGAAGUCUAGUAUUGGCUUGGAGGGAAGCAGAAUUUUAUCCCUGUUAAUGUGAACAGUGGAAAAGUAGGAAAUUUACAUCUCUUUGUGUGGGGGGGGGGGGAGUGGGGAGAAAGCUUUAUGUCCUUCUAACUUCAUCCUCCUCUCAAGGAAAGAUGCUUUCCCUACUCGGUUAGCAAUAAAAUUCAGCCCUGGCCUUGGACAGAAGUCUUAGGCACUGAGCAGCACUAAAGGGCAGCAGGCCUGGCCCGCUCCUCCCAGCUCAGAAAGGCACCCCCUAGGCAGGCUGGCACUCCAGGAGACAUUGAUCUUCCCAGCUGACGCAGACCAUCCUUGGGGCUGGGUCUGUAUCUCCAGUCUGCUGUCCUGCCAACCAGCCUCCCUGACAAAGCUCAGGCCCUUCCUCAGGCUGGCUGCUGGGGAGUGCUCUAGGCCAGUUCACGUGCCCCCCUCUGGUGUGCUUCCGAGCAGCGUGCAGUCCCAAUUACUGUAGCAUCGUCCUGCCUGUCGUGCAUGCUGCCGCCCAGCGUCGUUCACUGCAACUCAGCGCGUGCUGGGCAGCCUGUCCCCUUGCAUUCAGAUGGGGCUAAGCUGUGGGGUGCACCGGGGAGAGGCGGGGGGUCAUGAAGAGCAUGGGGCCCUGCAGUGACUUGUCGCAUUCCCCAAGACAGCAGAACAGCUGCUCUAGCCAGACCUCUAAGGAAGAAGAGGCCAGGCUGCAUGCAUCAGAAGGGAGGGGUUUCCUGGGCCGCACAUUUAAAAUGUGGUGUGAAUGAUGCACUUGCUGCUUUGCAUGCAUGGCGUGCACUGGUGUCAUUGACGCUGGAUGCCAGCACCUCCCUGUGCAGGCAGUCGUGCUCAGAAAACACACUCAUGAGUGCACGUGUGCUAGUGGGAGCUUCUGAAACACUGGUCCUAACCAGGAGGUCUGGCUUUGAAGGGCUAAGGGACCAAGACUUCUUCCCUGGGUAGAAUUCCAGCGGGGCCAGGGUGGGAGACCCAAAGGACCCUAACAGCAAGGCUGCAGGUAGCUUGUAGGUCGUGGAUUAGGCAAGUGGGCUGUGCCAGGCAUACACCUCUCUCUGGCCCCUAUGCGGUGCUGGGCCGCUGCCAUGCAGGCUGGGAGCUCACUUCAGGACAUGCAGGAUGUAUUUAUUGGGCUUUGUAGUAAUGCUCAUGAAUAAAUUGUCAAACUCGCCCCUCCUGCCCUGCCUCUUCUCAGGCGCUGCGUGUCUCCGGGAGUUCUAAUUCCAGCCCUGCAUGCAGGGCUCUCCCCAGCAUGUUACGGGCCUGGCAAGAGGCAUCCUCCUCCCUCGGCCCUGCCCUGGUAGGCCAGAGCAGGAGCCAGAUUGCUGCAGAGUGAGAACCCAGCCGUGCUGAGCCCGGAGGGAGGGAGGGAGUCGGCCCCAGCAGGAGAGCAGCUCCUCAGCUGUACUCUUUUCCUGUUGGCUGGAGCUGUGGAAGUGAAAGCAGUGCCUCUGGGAGCCGGCCAAGGAUGGAGUAGGCCUGGGUCUCUGUGUGGGUUGUAGGGAUUGGCCCAAUACCUCUGCUAGAUGUAGUGAUUCCUGCUGAGAGGUGGGGGGAGUCCGGUGCCUUGGGAGCAGGAGAGCCUGGUACGCUCCAUCCCUGGAGGUCUCUGCCUGUCAUUUAGCAAGUGUGCAGUGUGUGUGUGCAGGUGUCAAACACGUGCCUAGGACCCUGGUUACAGACCAGAGCCCCAGCCUGCCUGGUGCUGUACACAGAACAAAAAAAUGGUUCCUGUGCAUUUAAGACCAGGCAGGUGGAGAAUGCAAGAAACCAAUGAGAGAGUAUUGAUAGGCCGUGGUAUCAGCGCCCCAGCAGCCUAACCAGCGUCACAGGAGUUCUUUUGCUGGGGUCCCAGCAAAGGAGAGAGGUGGAGGAGGAUGAGGUGGUUUUGUGGCUGUUUACAGGGCUCUCCUAAGGGGGAGGGCAGCAGAAGAGACAGCAGCCUAGGGCUCCUUUGAAAAUGUAGCAUUGGGUGAUGGACGCUGAGCUCAUGGGCUGAUAGGUCGGGUAAGGACAGGCUGAGAAGGGCCUUGAUGUGCCAGAGGAGCCAGGGGAGGUGUACGGCAGCCUAGGAAAAUGAGCCCCAGCAGCACUGCAUGGGUCGAGGUGGGGCAAGAGGGCAUGUGGGGAGGCUGGAGAGAAGGGCCUGGCAGUGAGCGAGAGUGAGACUGGGAGAGGAAGGCUGAGAGGGUGGAGCUGGGUGGACAGCAGAUGGCAUCAGCAGGGAGGAGAGAUGAGGCAGGAGCAGGCGAAAAGCCACCCCCCUCCCCCCCACACACACACAGUCUGCCCUAGGUCAGGGAGCCCGCUGCAGAGGCUGCAUCAGCCAGAGGGACCCAGGUGUCCUGUGCUCCAGGCCUGCUGCCCAUGCAGCAGCUUCACCCAGGGUGGGGUGGGGGGGGCACAAUGGGCGUUUUCAGAUUUGGGGGGACCAGGGCUACUGCCAGUCAAAGCAGGGGGUGUGUCCAUCCACACACACACCCCCUGUGGGUAGCCUUGGGCCAGCCCUGUGCUGCUGGCAGUGGUCUGCAGCUGGCAGGAGGAACAGCUAUCUCCUAGCAGCCGCUAGCAUGGGGGAAAGCCAGCGGAGCCGGCUGGAGCCCAGCCCUCAGCCGUUCCUGUGUCGAAAGGCCUGGCCUCGGUGCAGUGCAGAAUGCACUGAGGGCUCCUGCAUGUACCUGUCUGUGCCAUACUAACAGGUCCCACCCCUCUCUCUGCAGGUGCGCACGGGAGACAUGGGCGGAUACGCCACAUCUGUUGACUUCACCCAGGCUGUGAUGGCAGCCCUGGCUGACUAGGCCCCACAGAAGCUGCUGUUCCUCCUGCUUGCUAAUCCUCACUGCUUUGAAUCCAGCUGCCUGGUAAUUUGUAGCCUUCAAGGGGGAGCAUCCCCCUGCACAGGCCUGUCUGUGUCAUGCACAAUAAAGCAGCCUGCAGGCCACA